AUGCAAAAUCUUUGUUUAAGAGGAGUUGUAGUGGAGGAGUUUUGCCCUCUUUGCAAUCUUAGCAGUGAAAGCACCUCUCAUGCCUUGAUUCAUUGUGAGUUUUCUGCUAAAGUUUGGAGUAACUGGACUGAGCGCCCCAUUAAGCUCCUAGAAUCUAUUUUUGACAUCUCUGAUAUUGCCCUUGAAUUGCUCAAUUUUGGUACUGUUCAGGACCUUGAAGUCUUGUUCUCUACAGCCUGGUUUAUUUGGUAUAAUGGAAACCAAGUCAUUCAUGAGGCAAAUUUUUCUCCUGCUCUUCGAAUCUGGGAGUCAGCUCAGAGGCUGGUUCAGGACUUUAUUAAUGUUAACUCAAACAGUCCACUACACAUUUUCCCAAGCCAACCCGGAUGGACAACUCCUUCCUGUGGCCUCUUUAAAGUAAAUGUAGAUGGUGCAACCUCUUAA